GAGCAAACUAAGCUUGUCGUACAAGGCUGAAGCCGCCCCAUAGGGUCUUCUACGAUUACGGUUGGCUUCAAAAGUAUUGGGAUCGCCAACUGAUUGAAUACGGCUUUUAAACGGUGGAGGAUCAGAAAGGCGUGAAACUUCUAAGCAGCUGAGACCUAAGUGCGGAGAUGAACUACAAGUCGAGUGCCAGAGUGGAUUAUUUUCUUUUCGCAACGUUCUUCUUGGCUUCGUUCUAUUCUAAAUGUGUGUAACUUCGUUCAACAUUCGAAAUUAAGUCCUCUCGCGGCUGAACCGGUGAACCUUGCUUUGGAGCAACAAGAGGAAGAAAGAGGUAUAUUAAGAAUCAAGAGAAAACUCGAGAAUUUGGUGAAAGGCAUUUCCAAUGUCAAGCAAACCACCUCAAGACCACAAACCUUCUGAUGGGGCUCCUGCUUAUGUCGACAUCGAGAAACUGAAGGAACCAGAGUGCAGAGCAUGGCAAAGUGAUAUGCUGCUCGCUUUGCAGCAGAAUGCUGCCCCUGAGCCAAUUCGCUUAGCUUGUAUGAAGAACCUGCCUUCCAGACCAUCGUUCUUUCAAGAAGAGUUUCAUGGCCGCAUUCCUCGGGAGGAAGUCGACGAACUACUCUCCGGUCCUAAUGGUCCAGUCAACGGAAGAUACUUAGUGAGAGAGAGUAAUAGCUCACCCGGCGACUACAGCCUGUCUUUAAGUUACGGUGGACAUAUUCUUCAUUAUAGACUAUUCUACGAAAACGAAAGAUUUUUCAUCGAUUCUACUGAUGAGAAGAAAUACAAGUCGAUCACAGAUCUUGUUGUUGAUGUGCUCAAUAUGUUUCGCGUGAUUGAUGAUGUGGAUGGACAUGUGCCAAAAGAAGAAAAGAAAAAACCCAUCGCUUGCCCUCACGUAUUCAAACCUUAUUCUUACAAACAUUUUAAAUGGUGCGCAUCUUGUGGAGGUUUUAUGUGGGGAAUUAAAGAUCAAGGUAUGAAGUGCGAGGGAUGUGGCCUGGAUGUUCACAGCCGUCCGCGUUGUAUGAAGAAUGUUGAAGGAGAGUGCCCACUUACUUUACCUUGUAAAGAAAAGAAAGUUCCACGUAACAAAUUAAGUGCCUCAAGUUUUCCACCCAAGCAGAGUACUGUGUCUGUUGACACAUUCAAAGCUAGUUGUGAAUAUCAAGAGAGCUGUAUUAGAUUCCUCAGUUAUUUGAACAUUCCUUCAUGUUAUUUUGAAGCAGAUGCAUUAAAUCCCUGUUAUUGUGAAGAGUGCUGUCUUGAUGUUGAAACACCAUUGUGUAAGAGUGGUAAUCCUCCCCAAACAUACUCGCUGCCUACAGGAUGGUGUCGCUUUCAACUUGGGGCUGCUAGUGGGCAGGAAAAUAUUGUUUCAUCAAACUGGAAUUUGGCAUUUAUGUCUUUAAACCCAAAGGAGGUUGUCAAAGUACUUGAGUCAAAUACCACAGAUAAUCAUUCAGAAGACCUGAGUGAGGAUGGGUCUAAGCCAUUGAUAAAGAUGACACCUUCUAUUAUAUGUGCUGAUUUGGAUGCACCAAAAUUAAAGUACAAUGACACUGAGACUGGCGAAGUCAAGGCAGGCCAAGUUGUCUUGCAAGCUUACAUUGAACCAUACUCGUACCAAAUGAUGCGGAGACCAGGAAUGAAUGAUGAAAUUGAUCCAUAUUUUAAAAUGGACACUAUAUAUUGGGUGACAAGGCAAGCUUCAUCCAUUUUACCAUUUGCACUGCUUGUAAAGACCAUGGAUGCAACCUACUUGAAUCUAUGAAUGCAAGUAGUUUAUCUUUUUUUUCCCAGGAUGUGCUCACUGCUAUACUAUAUACAAUUUCCCCGAUAACUGAAUAGCCAAAAAUGAGUUGUCUAAGUGAUGCGCAAUCACUGGAUGCAGCUUUAUAAUUACAAUGUUAGCUCAUUUGUUGUAAGGAUGCAACAAGCAAGAGCAUCUCUUCAUGAGUAAUCUUCUUAUGUACUGUGCAUCUAAAUUAUCAGCCAACUACAACUGAUUCAAAGCAAAAGACCUUCAGUUCUACUGGAAGAUUGUCAAACUUUGUCAAGGUAAUGCAGUCAUACAAUUUAAGUGACAUGCAGUCAUUCAACAGCCUAAUAUAUCCUGGGCUUUAAUUCUGUUUCAUCAAUGGAACCCUUAUGUGAUGCACCCCACAGAGAGAAAAAAUGUUAUACAGAGAAUGUGUUCCACCUAGGGAAGGUCGGUUAUGUUUUAAAAAGAACAUACAUUUAAAAAAGCCAAGCACAGUGAACAAUUAAAUUAAACAUUGGUAUCACCAUCUCAAUUCUGAUUGGCUUUGAGCAUGAAGUUGACUUUGCUUUAAAUUUUGGUUUAAAUAACAAAUACAGUCCAUAAGCCCAAAUUCAAUUUUACAGAAGAGUUUUGAGGUUGUCAAAAUUAAUAUUUUUACACAGUGCGUGUUACAUCUAACAUUCUGGCUCAUUAGGUUAAUUCUUUCACUGCCAAAAUGAACAUGCUACUUUGGGUGAUCAUAAAAUUAUUUGCCAUCUUUUUGUGAGAAUGAGAAGUUAAAUUAAGGCAAUUUCUGAAUUAUUUUAAUAUUCUUCAUUUUUCUCACUUGGCUGCAAAAAUUGUGAGGCGAAUGUAUCAAAUGAUCAUCCUUGGGAGUGAAACGGACUUCCAUUUUGCUAUAUGCCAUUCUAUGGCACUGAAUGUUGAGUGAUGCAGUAAAUUACAAUUCAAUCCCAAGGUAAGAUAAAGAGAGUUAAAAACUGUCAUUACAUCUGGACAGAAAGACCAGGUGUGUCCUCACUUUAUUUUAUAAUCAGUUCGAUCAAACCAUACUUGUUUAAAGUAGCCACUCAGUGGUUAAACUUAGUUAAUUCAGAGCAAUGGGGGUGAUGAGUUUAAUUGUCUGAGUUGAGAGAGGAUUUGCUGUGAACUGUGUGUUAUGUACUAAAAUACUAUAAAUUAACAUAAUGUAGCUAAACUGGAACAAGUCUUCCAGGAGAAUAUCCAGAUCAUGAACAUGGUAGAUAUUUACUCCUCACAUCCAGUGUCAUGUUGUCAAUUGAUUUGAAUAAUCGCAUUAAUUCGAUAUAAUGGCUAUUUCACCUUCCUUAAGUUUCAUGGUGACCCUACCUUAUUAUGGAACUGUCUACUGCAUUAAUGGCUACUUAAUAAUUAUACUUUUAUAUACUUGCAAAUGAGCACAUUUUGAACAGGUCAGUUACCUUGAUGUAAAUGUGUACAGAAUAGUAGCUAAGGUCUGCCCGUUUGUGUGUAUAAAAGGGUUUGAUGUACUCAUAGGGAGAUCUUGAUCAAGCAAAGUAGAGGAGAACGUAAAGAGUGGAAAGUAGUUAGAGCCACAUCCUCAUAUAAGAUGUAUUCUUUACAAAUUAAUUAACUGUAGAAAAUAAUCAGAUGGUUAGUAAUUUCCUUUUUUCUUCUUUAGUGGCAGCACACACUGGGAGAGAGGCACUAACUUUGUAUCAGUCUCAAGAUCCCAGAUUUAAGCAGGGUACCUAUGUUAAAGAUAGGACACACUAGAGCAUUUAAAAUACAGAUGUUUGAUUCUCUAGCAUGGAUGAACUACAUUUUGCUUAAGGCACAUUAUCAAUUAUCACACAUCAAAUUCUAUAAAAAAGCCUGAUCAUUUUAACAGUGGUCAUGUGAAUGAGAGAUUUUUAUGAUUUCAAUUUUUAAGGGAAUGCCAUGAUUUUAUCUGGUAAAAGGCAUUUCUAUUAUUUUUUUAAGAAAUAAAUGUGCAUAAGCAUCAACUUUUAAGGCCUCAGGUGCAUCUUUUCAUGCACAAGAAACUUUUCUCAGUUCUUGUGAUUUAAAAGGAAGCAAAUGUUUGCAGAAUGGUUCAAAAAAUAAAUUCCAAUUGUUAUGGUAGAAAUUUCACUGAAAAAGUAUUCUCACUCUUGACAAAAAGCC